CCCACCCAGUUCAAUUGGGGAGAGAACCAUGGGGAGGUCUGUCACUGCUACUGCCUUCGCUCUUCCGCUUGUAAAUCUUCCAUCUUCGUCACGGCGUUCGCAUCGAUCCUCGUGAUUCGAUCGCUUCGUCGGCCCAUGGCGUCCCUCUCCGCCUCCCAGCCUCUCUGCUUCCCCGUCGAUGCCGGUGGUCGCGGAGACGGCCGCUCGCCGUCCUUUCUCGAUCUCAGGUUUGGGUUUGAUCGCCGACUCGGGAAUGGGAAGAAGACGAGGCACGUGGGGACUCCUCCCCCGUCCGUGGCUUCCCCCACCAUGAAGCGGGAUUCCCUGCCCGAUUCCAACGUUAAGAUCCUCAGGCUUGCUCGGGAGAAGUUUGUCAAGGAGAUCACUUCAAGUUCUGAUGAUAAAGAUGUGUCACUAGCCAAGGCUAUGUUGCUUGUCGCUGCUGAAGAUGAAGCUUUCAUGUCACUGAAUCGAGAUAUGGAUGCACGUGCAUUACGGAAUGAAAGGGAAGGUGCAACCGACCAAUUUAAUGAUCAAUCAGAAGUUGAGGAUGUUGAAGAAAUAUCUUUAGCUGGGAAGAACAUAUCUGGGUGGUUAAAUGAGUUGGAUGUGUUAGCCAAAGAAGUCGAAGCAGAUUUAAUCUCGAGAGAGAUAGGUUGCCAUCUACUUGAAGUGUUGGAGGCUGUAAACUUUGUUCUCUUUAAAUCAAGAGGUUUCAAAAGAUAUCCCGUUCUAGUAGAUUCAAAAUUUUCAUACUUGCAUACAGUGCUUAACACUGGAUGUGGGAGCGACAUAAUGUUCAGCGUCAUAUAUGUUGAAGUAUGUCAAAGGCUUGGUGUUGCCAUUGUGGGCUCUCCAGUUGGAGAGGAUUUUUUGAUUUGGCCACAGUCUGGGAAUUCAGCGGAACUUUUCAGGAUUGCAUCAGGAAAUAGCCUGUUUUCUACCAUGAAUGGCAAAUGUGUCAAGGAUCCUAGAAGUAAAGCUUCUGAAAUGGACUGCAGUUCACUUUUAAGACUUGAUAUUGCUACAAAGAGAGAUAUCAUUGGGAUUGCUCUAGCUAAUCUGAUUAGACUCUAUUGGAAACGGGCUUCAAAAGCAAAUCAUGGCUUAAUGCUAACUUCUCCACUUAGACCAGUUUAUCCUGGAAAAGACAAAGCUAGCUUGGGAGAGAUUUCAGAUAUUCCACUGUUGCGGCCUCAAUACCUCAGGUUGGCCACUAUGGCUUCUGAAAGGCUAUUGAUACUGCAGCCCAACAACUGGAGUUUAAGGAGAGACCAUGGUAUGCUUCUGUACUACAGCAGGAGGUACACUGAAGCCGUUCAAGAACUUAGCAUUUGCAUGGCUUUUGCACCAGAGGAAGAAGCAGAAAUACUGGAACCAUUUGUUGAGAAGCUGCACCUGCUGCGCCUUCUCGCAUCCUGGGAGUGUUUGGAUCCUGUCGGCACCCUUCCUGUGUCUUGAUAUGCAAUACAGUUAUUUUUAUUUUUAUUUUUUUUCUCAGGUACCUUUUGCGACCAUAUAAAGGCCAUUGAGGUUCUAACCCUGUUUCAGCCACUUGCAUAAACACAUGAAGGGAUUCCUACUACUAAAUUGUAAUCCCAUUAUUGUUCACUGAGGUUUCUUCCCCAUUGCAAAUGGUAAAAAAUGGGGAACGGAGUUGACUGUAAAAGCUUGAUAUCUGUAAAUUUAUAGUGGCGAUGACAUAUGUACGGCCUUAGAUUGAA